AAGCUCAGAUAACACAUAUUUUGAUAGAAAAGAGAGAAAAUUCAAAACAGAAUUAAAACAGCUGACCAAAAUCGAUAACAAAAUUAUAGAACGAAACAAAAAUCCCAGGUUAGUCUUUCUUCUUCGUCGUCGUCGUCGUCGUCUUCUUCUUAUUCUCUCUGUAACUCCGUAAGCAAUUUCUGAAAGCUCGGCAAACCAGACAAAACCCUAUCAGCCAGGGUCCACGCUCGUCCUUGCUUGGCGCUGAAGCUUUGAAUUUUCAAGGGAUUUGACUCGGAUUUUGCGGUAAUUUGAUUUUGGUUGGAGUUUCGUUGUGCUUUUAGUGGAUUAGGGUUGGGAUUCUAGGGUUUCCGGGAGCAAAGAUGAAGGCCUUGAAUAGCAUAGAGGAUCUGAUCGAGGAGAUUAAGCUUCGAGUGGUUUGGUGGGCCCUGUUUGUCUUCUGUGUUGCAUACUUUCUUUCCUAUUCGAGUAAAUCAAUGUGGAUGAAUUUACCCGUAUCAAUUUUAUUGGUUUCGAUGCUACGUAUUCUAAUGAAUAACGUGGAAUUCCGUUGGAAGAGUCAAAAACUUGUUCGUCCACAGUCAUAUUUGUCUCAUUUGGAGAAGAAACAGUUGUCAUUGAAUGAUCCACGACUCUCUACUGGGGCUCCACCACCAAAAUGGAAAAGGAAAAUUGGUUCUCCAAUCGUAGAGGAUGCGGUUAAAGAUUUCAUUGACAAACUUUUGAAGGAUUUUGUGAUUGAUUUGUGGUAUUCAGAUAUUACUCCGGACAAGGAGGCGCCAGAGCAGAUACGCGCGAUAAUCAUGGAUGCUCUGGGUGAAGUAUCCGGAAGAGUUAAAGAGAUAAACCUUGUUGACUUGCUAACAAGGGAUAUUAUUGAUUUAAUAGGGGAUCAUAUAGAACUUUUUAGAAAAAACCAAGCUGCUAUAGGUGUUGAUGUUAUGAAAACGUUGUCUUCAGAGGAGAGAGAUGAAAGGUUAAAACAUCAUCUCAUGGCUUCGAAGGAGCUCCAUCCUGCAUUGAUUUCACCCGAGAGCGAGUACAAGGUUCUUCAGCGGCUAAUGGGUGGGGUAUUAGCUGUGGUGCUAAGACCACGAGAAGCACAAUGUCCAGUGGUUAGAUCUAUUGCCAGAGAACUUCUAACAAGCUUAGUAAUUCAACCUGUUUUGAAUUUUGCAAGCCCUGGGUAUAUCAACGAAUUGAUUGAACACAUUUUGCUAGCCAUUAAAGAGGAAAUCAGUAAAGUGGUAAGUGGGGACCGAUCAGCUGCAGGGGUUGUACAUGAUCAAGAUUCUUCACUGAGGAAAUAUGCAACCUUUAACCAAAGCACUGUUAUGACAUUGGCUAAAGGUGACCAUCAGAGAGAAGCGUAUUCAGAUUAUAAUAAAUUCGAGGAAGAUCCCUUGCAGUCACGGCCUGCUGAUUGGGCACGAGUUUUAGAGGCUGCAACACAGAGAAGGACUGAAGUUCUUGCUCCUGAAAAUCUUGAAAAUAUGUGGACAAAAGGGAGAAAUUACAAAAAAAAAGAGCACACGAAAAAGAUAAGAAGAGUUCAGGAACCUAUAUCUGAGUGUUCUGGAAUAGAUAGUGCUGUACCUGCUAAAAAUCUGGGCAACGAAAUGGUAGCCGACAGGCAUGAAAUUUCUACAGGAAAGGAAGAUGGAUCUAUUGUGAAGCUGAGAAGUGAAUUAAGUUUAGAUACUCAAUUAAGUGGUGGGACCAAAAUGGAACUACACUUCUCUUUAGAUCCCAGUGAAGAAUCAUAUGCGGAUCAAGGGCAUCUUGUUAAUAAAUUGGAGGACAUUGGAAACCUUGCUGCCGAUGGAAAUAAAAGUAGGCUUAAAAGAUCAAAUAGCACUUCUGCUUUGAAAAUCCAGCCGGACACAAAAAGAACAUUGACAGAAGGUGGAGGGUCUAUCAUAUCAGAAUUCUAUAGCCCUGAGUUUGGCAGGCAUAAAGAAGACCAUAUUAGUAAGAGUGCCUCCGAUAUGUUAGUCCACUGUGUGGGACAACAAGUUCCCAAGCUCAGGUGCCGGGUUAUGGGAGCCUACUUUGAGAAACUUGGGUCAAAAUCUUUUGCAGUUUAUUCAAUUGCAGUUACAGAUUCGGAAAACAGAACUUGGUUUGUGAAAAGAAGAUAUAGGAAUUUUGAACGACUGCAUCGCCAUCUUAAAGACAUUCCAAAUUACACUUUACAUCUACCACCCAAAAGAAUAUUCUCGUCAAGCACAGAGGAUGCUUUUGUUCAUCAGCGAUGUAUUCAGCUAGACAAAUAUCUACAGGAUCUGUUGUCAAUAGCUAAUGUUGCCGAACAACAUGAAGUCUGGGAUUUUUUAAGUGGUUCAUCAAAGAAUUACUCUUUUGGAAAAUCUCCUUCAGUGAUGAGAACUCUUGCAGUCAACGUGGAUGACGCUGUGGAUGACAUUGUACGCCAGUUCAAAGGGGUUUCAGAUGGGUUAAUGCGUAAGGUUGUUGGUUCUCCCACAUCUGAGGCCUCGUCUUUAUUUCCUGGAUGGAACUUAUCCGGGAAUGCAGAUGAGACAGGUGUCCUUGCUUUUAGCCAAAAUACAGCAGAGUCAACAAAUAGCUUUUCAGAUAACGAGGAAGGUACCCUAGAAAUUGGGUGGCAUUCAGACAAUGAAUUGAACUAUAAGGGUUAUCCACCUCGGGUUGUACAUACAAGGACCUUAGGUUUGGAGAAGAAAGCUGAUUUAGUUGGCAAGGGUGGCUUUCUGGAGGAUCCAAUUGGAAUGCCACCUGAGUGGACUCCACCCAAUGUUAGCGUGCCUCUGUUGAAUCUAGUGGACAAGGUAUUUCAACUUAAGAGAAGGGGCUGGCUGAGACGACAGGUCUUUUGGAUGUCAAAACAAAUAUUGCAGUUAAUGAUGGACGAUGCUAUUGAUGACUGGCUCAUGAGGCAGAUUCAUUGGCUUCGAAGGGAGGAUAUUAUUGCUUCGGGAAUUUAUUGGCUUAAAGAUGGUCUAUGGCCAAAUGGCACAUUCUUCCUUAGAGUCGGCAAUGUUCAAGACGGCAAUCAAAACCCUCUUCAAAAUAUAAGUCAAUUUGGCGGCAGCAAGGCUGGUAAACAGGGGUCUUUUGAGCACCAGCUUGAGGCUGCUCGCAGAGCUAGUGAUAUCAAGAAAAUGCUCUUUGAUGGAACUCCGGCGCCCUUGGUUAGCUUAAUUGGGCAUAAGCAGUACAGACGUUGUGCAAGAGACAUCUAUUAUUUCAUUCAGUCUACCAUCUGCAUAAAGCAACUUGCUUACGCAAUACUUGAACUGUCACUCGUUUCAAUUUUUCCUGAGCUGCGGGAUCUUAUUGUUGAUGUUCAUGAAAAGAUGGGUGUUGAUCAAACUGUAUAGUGGAUCGAUAUAUUUGUGUCAUCCUUGCUCUUGAUGGUAGCUGGUUAUCUUCCCAAUGAUCACAAACCUCAAACACCGAGGUAUAUUUCAAGAUACGCAAGACUCAAUUUUCUCAGGCGUUGCCUGUAGUAUUGGUUUUUGUAGAACUUCCAAAAAUUCUUUUCGGAAUGUGAGAAAUAGUGGUGUUUUCACUUUCUCUCGCAUUUCAACUGUACAAAAUUGUAGUUGUAGGGUGUGUACAGGCGUCGUCUUCUUUGUGUAUAUUUUGUGUGUGAAGAAAAUAUGACCAGUGAUGGUGCAUUCAUCAUUACAUAAUGCAGCAGUGAGUAUUGAUCA